AUGAACGUCUACCUCUUCAAGCCGGACGAGUUCAACCGGCUCUACAACUGCAGUCUGUACGAUACGGAGAUAUUUCCGCGAGAAGAGCGUCGUCUGCGAGUGAUUGGGAUAAUGUGUUUGUUCUCCGGGAUCUUCUCAAUUGUUCUCUAUUUUUUCUGCAUCUUCGCUAUGUUGCAAAGACAACUGAUCAAGUUGCCAACGUACAAGUUGAUGUUGUUCAUGGCCUUCUUUCAUCUUUAUGGAUGCACUUUGGGAGGGCCUUUUAUGGCGUACUUGUUCUAUGAAGGGCCGGUUUACUGUGAGAGCCCGAACUUCAUCUAUUUGGUGGGGUCGUAUGGCACUGGUAAGUGCGGAAAUAUCAGUCUGUCGGGAAAAUAAUGAACACAAUUUUGCUGCGUCGAUCGUGUCGCUGAAGUGAAAAGAACUGCUUUUGCCGCGACGUAAUUCAUUUUAUCGGCGGCGAUGCGAUUUUCGAUGCUACAGAGAGCUCAUUAUUUUCCCGACAGACUAAAAAAACUCCUCACUGGGAAGUGCUCAGAAUUUAAAGGAACGUGGUCGAAAUUUAGAAUGUUUUUUCCAUGAGACAUACAACAUUCUUAGCUCGCGUUUUUUCAGAAGCAACCGAUGUUUUUAGGCCGAAAGUUGGCCAAAAAAGAUGCAUUUUUUAUGAUGCAACAUUUUUUUAAUGUUUACCGUAGAAGGUAUUAUUUACACUAAAAAUUAUUUUUUUUCCUACCGAUAGUGGCAAAGAUACGGCAAAAAAAUGUUGUUUUCUCUGACCUCUCUUCUUUUUUUUAUGACCUCUCGUCAACAAGGAUUGUUGAUUAUCUCGGACAACACUGCAAAGCUCGAGCUAAAAAUUUUCAGGAUUUGAUAUGUGGUCCAUGCCCGAAGUGUGUGCAGGAUUUCAAAUAAAAAUCCUUUUUAACAUUUUUACUUCAGCGACCUGGAUCGGAGGCACGAUUACCAGCACAAUCUUGAGUUUCAACCGCUGCUGCGAGAUGUACGACCACAUCCUUGCCUACUGGCUUUUCGCCGGCUACCGUGUCUUCAUCUGGAUGGCCUUCCCGUUCACCUUGUUCUUAUAUGGCCUUAUCUUCAACCUCCCGCUUUUGUUCAGCGGAAUCGGAAAGUCUUGGUAUUUCAACCCGCAUUACAAGUAUAUCGACGACGUGGAUGGUGUGUAUGUCAACCGGCUACACACCUUGAACAAUACUGUUACUGUUGCAACACAAUUUGUGUUAAGUUUCACGUUUGCGAUCCUGUAUUUUGGGCGGAUCAAAAGUCGCAAGACCAAGAUGACAAGGACCGAUAAAUUGGUGAGUAGUCGUCUUUGCAGAUGUCGGAUUUUCUUGAAAUAGCACAUGGAAUCUGCAUGGCAUACGAUAGAAAUAGGACAAGUUUUAGCUCAGAGUACCCGAGGGAGAUAAUUAAUUCUGGAAACAAAUUUUUUGCAGGAAAUUUCAUCAUAGUAAAAAAAAUUUAAAAUUCGGGAAUUUAAAAACUUUUAUCCAGCUGAAACGUGGCCAAAUUAAAAUUUUCGAAAGCUUGUUUGUUUUUUUUUUUUUUUGGCAAACAUCACCGUGAUUCUUUGAGAAGAAAGACACAUUUAUUUCUCUGCCUACGCUCCUCUUUUUCUAUGAUCUCUCGUCAACAAAGGUUGUUGAAUAUCUUGGGUAUGCGUGCAAAACAUAAACUAAAACUAGAAAAACUGAGUCUUUAGCUACAUGCAGGUGUUGUGUUUGUAUCAAGUAACGAAAACGGAAUCUUAAAAAUUGCUUGAAAUUCGGAUUUUUUUUUAGAUUUUUCUAAACUUUUUUGUUCUUUUUUGUUAUUAUCCACUCUAAAAGACAAUAAAACUUUCAGAUGUGCCUUCAAGUCUUCAUUAUCGGCCUCUUCGAGCUCUCCGCCGGCCUCAUUUUUCUUGUCCAACAACACUACGAGCUGGGAUUUGUGUUGAGUUUGUGCGCUGGAAUGACUUACUUUGGGUCUCAAGGUAAAAUAUUAUAUCUCAAAAAAGAACGUUUUUUAUAAAAAAUUCAGUGAUAACCCCGGUAAAUUUAGCGUGUGCACCAUAUAUUUAUCUAAUUUUCAAUCGAACAAUGAGGAAUAUAAUCGUUAAGCAAUUUGCGCCGUGUUCGAAGUUGAGGAUAAACGUUAG